AUGGCUACUGUUGGUAUGAUGGCAUAUCCCAGCCGCGAUAGCUUUCACGCAUAUCCGCAGCACUAUGCCAUGUACCGGGCUCGGCCACACCAACCGCAGAUGGAGGUUGCUCAAUCGAUACACGUCAAUCCGUAUGCGAGUUACAGCGUUCCGCAGCAUCAACCUCAGCAACAGCAACAACAGCAAUCCAUGCUCGCUCCACCACCACAGCAGUCACGUCAACAGACGUACUUACAAUCGUCACAACAGGCUUCACCACCGACUAGCUCGCCAGUGUCCGAGGAUGGUUUCAAACCGUCGUUGCCAUCGAUCUCAAAUCUGCUUGGCAUUGCCGACCGACCAGCGCAGAUAAACUCUGCCGCAGUUAACCAAGCAUCGCCACAGCAGCUGCAGCAAUUCCCACACCAGGUAGACUCGGCGCAGUCUGCUCAACUCAGCGAUGAGCCCAAUUCGCGCACCUCUCAGUCAGCACAAGACCUCUCUGUCAGCCCGAGAUCUGCUGUGCCUCCACCUGCUGCAUUGCGAAAUGAGUCUGUUCAGGAAGUGACGCAAAGUCCAUCUGUCGGAUCUAGCGGAUCGAGCCUACUCACUCAGCCUUCUUAUGUUGGCUCAGCAAUCAACAACCUCGAGCCUACUGGUCAAAGAACUAUGCAAAUGCAGACGACGAUGAAGCGGCAUUCGGUGCCCUCACAACCAAAUGUGUCCCCCUAUCACAGUGCUCGGUAUACAAACUCUCCUUAUGCGACGUCCCCAGGAGCAGCAUCGGCGCAUUCGUACUACUCUCCGGCCGAACCGUCAUAUGCAAUGAAUCCAGCGCUAUACCAACAACGAUCGUUACCAUCAAAUUUUCCCCCUGCUCCUGCAGUAUCCGGACAAUCGAGCAACAACUUACCGACAAGCAAUCCGUGGCAGCAUCACCACUACAUCGGCCCUUCUUCACAAACGACAUUCGCACAGUCACAGGAUCGAUACAUUUGCCCUACCUGCAACAAGGCUUUCAGUAGGCCUUCGAGCCUAAAGAUACACUCCCACAGCCACACUGGUGAAAAGCCAUUCAAGUGCCCUCACGCAGGCUGCGGCAAGGCAUUUUCGGUGCGUAGCAACAUGAAAAGGCAUGAGAGGGGCUGUCACGGCGGUGUGGGCGCUGGUCAUUUGCCUUCUGCACACGCCCACCAGCACGGCCACGUCAAUCUUCUUUGA